UUACUGCCUUUCAUUGCUCAUAUGCUCUCCGCCUGGAGCUCACGCUGUUACCGGAUAUUUCGACGACGGUCUGCCGUUUCGCCUCGCUUUUGCUUGCUUUUAACCAGUUUCACCAAGUUUGUGAUGACCGUGACAUGUUUUAAAACUUUUUUUAAAAGUCUAUAGUUGAUUGGAAAAAAAAAACCCAAAAACAAAACAAACAAAAAACAAAAACAAACUGGAGGUCUGUUGCUGAAUGGUAAUGUAUUAUCGGUGAGUGGAAUGAAACGCAGCGGCUCAUUCCUCUGGGUUCACAAAGGAGCGGCGGUUUUCUCAGGUGUCAGCAGGAGAUCCUCGGAGUCCGGUCACAUCACCGAGCACCGAGCGGCGACAACAACCGCUUGUAGCCUUUAAGUCCUCUGGGAAGGAGGGAGGGGGAAACCCAGCCAGGCCACCACCACCACCACCAUGGCGAGCGACGACUGCUGUAAAGAUGAAUCGCUGGAGUUUGCAGGAGAGAACCGCACAGACUCGGGCAUUGACUCGUACCGCUCCAUACUGAAGUCGGAGGAGCCCCGGGAGCCCAUCAGCGGGUCCUCCAGCACAGACAUCAGCGGGCCGCGGGAGAAGUUCUCCGUCGACGAGCGCCUGGACUCAGACUACUGCUCCACGUCCAUCACAGCGGAGAGUCAGACAGAGUUGGAGAGCUGCAGUCUUUCCAGCGCCCAGAAGGAGCAAACACACAGCACUGAACUCUCUGAACAGGAGGAGAUCUCGCUCACAACUAUUACUGAAGAGGGAGACACAUUCCUGCACUUAGCAAUCAUCCAUGAAGACGAUUUCAUCACUCAGAGCUUGAUAAAGUUGUUCCCAAAAGAGAUCCUGGACAUCCAAAACAAUUUAUACCAGAGUCCUUUGCACCUGGCCACCUAUCUGAACCUGACAGAUGUGGUGAAGAGCCUGGUGGAGAAAGGGGCCAGCCUGGAGCUGCAGGAUCAGGAUGGGAACACAGCGCUCCAUGUGGCCUGCCAGCACGGGCAAAACGAGUGCGCCAGUGAGAUGACCAGAAAUGUUUCCCAUAGCAAGCUGGCUCCUGUCCUUGAGACCCAGAACUGGAGAGGUCUUGCCUGUCUUCACUUGGCUGUACUGAACAGGCAACAUCAGAUUAUGAAGCUCCUGGUGAAAAAAGGAGCUGACCUGAAUAUCCAGGAAGGUACCAGCGGGAAAACAGCUCUUCACCUCGCCGUUGAACUGCACGACAUCACAUCAGUGAAGCUGCUGCUCAGCAGGGGAGCCAAAGUGGAUGCUACCAUGUUUAACGGCUGCACGCCCCUGCAUCUUGCGGUGGGGAGGCAGGACGCCACCAUCGCCAAUCUCCUCUGCCAGUCUGGCGCUGACACAAUGUUGCGAAAUAUGGAGGACGAGACGGCGCUGGAUCUGGCUGACGGCAAUGAUGAUAUUCUUGCUCUAUUUCCUUUUGAUGACAUCCAGAUCUCUGGGAGGUCAGUGGUUGGUGUGAAGUUUUGAGCUGAGUCAUAGGCUGAACCACAGUCCUGAAAUUGUCUGGAGCUUCACUGCAGCUGGAGUUGAUUUUUAAAAAGUUUUAAGCGCUGACGUUUUGAUUAAAUAGUGUUUCUAUUUGUAGUACACUCUGAUUUAUCUAUUGUGUAGACGAAUAUGCGCAACAUAUAAAUCUUACUUCCCUUUGACAAAGAGUGAUUCUGCUUAAUUGAACACUGAUUUAAAAAAAAAAAAAACAAAAUUCAAUAUUUCUGAGUCAUUGACUCAAUUGUUUAGCUUCUUUUUAGGUGCCUCUAGAGGUGUUUUA